AUGGCUCGCUUCCUCCAAUCCCUGCGCAGCGUCCUUGGGCUUCGCUUACCCCCGCCUGCCUCGUCGAGUCCCCCCCGGCCGUCGUUUACACGCUCAGGCGACUGCGACUAUUCCAUUUUUCGAGAAGGCGACAGGGCAAUCAUCCACGCCAAGGUCCCCUAUCUCACCAAGCCGCUCAAACAUGGCGAACGCACCGAGGUCUCGCGCGGCGUGAUCCAUCACGACGACAUCAUAGGCAGCAGAGUCUGGGAUCCUAUCAAGGCGCAUAAAGGCUCCCUGUUCCGACUCAGCUUGCCAACGCUGGAGGAGUAUGUUGUCUACACACCGAGACUUGUUACCCCGAUCUACGGCGCAGAUGCGAACCUAAUCGUGUCGCUGCUGGACAUCCAUGUCCUCCCUCCUCCUUCUCUUCCUCCGGCCAGCGACGGCGCGACGCCGCUGGAAAUCCUCGAAGCUGGCACUGGCCAUGGCUCUCUAACGUUGCAUCUGGCGCGCGCAAUCCACGCAGCCAAUACCCAGCCGCCGCCGAUACCUAAAAACUCGCAGGUGCGAAUCCUUGCCAAUCGCCCUGUUCGUCCAUAUGCAGACGCGGCAGAGACGACGUCAGCAACAGCAGCAGCAAGACAAGAAGAGCAAGCCGAAAACACAGAGCAAAAACAAUGGGACGAAUGGCGCGCACAGCGAAGUGCCGUGAUCCACACCGUCGACGUCUCAUCCAAGUUCUCCACGCAUGCCGAAAAAACCGUGCGCGGGUUCCGUCGAGGCCUGUAUGCUGGCAAUGUUGAUUUCCACGUUGGCCCUGUUGAGGAAUGGAUUGCCGACCAGACCCGGCAGCGUAGCAGCAACAACAACAAAAAAGCUUUUUUGUCGUAUGCAAUCCUGGACAUGCCCUCGGCCCACCAGCGGAUCCCACAUGUAGCCCCCGUGCUAAAACGCGACGGCGUGCUGGUCGUCUUCAUGCCCAGCAUUACGCAAAUCGGCGAGUGUGUGCAGCUGAUUGCGCGUGAGAAACUGCCCUUUGUCAUGGACAAGGUCGUCGAGCUGGGGACGGGCUUGAGCAGCGGCCGCAUGUGGGAUGUUCGUGUCGCUGUCAAGAAGAGCCGCGCUGAUCCAUCGUCGUGGGUGGAAUCAUCUCGCAGUGAAGCUGCUGACUCGAGUGUGUCUGAGGAGGAUGGGUCCUCUGGAUCCUCUACAUCCUCUACAUCCUCUGAAGGGCCACCUGAAGGACCCUCUGAACCCGCUGCAGAAGACAACAACGUCUUGGUGUGUCGUCCCAAAGUCGGUCUGAAGAUCGUUGGAGGCGGCUUUAUUGGCAUCUGGAGGAGAAUUGAAGACAGACCACAACUAGUAUAG